GAAGUAAUGAAGAACACGAGAAAGGCAGAAAAUUGGGAUCAUGGUAUGAGCAUUUAGUAAACGAUUAGGUACUGUGUGUAAGAGACGCAGUGACGCUGAGGUCCGCGCAUCGUUCGCUGUGCAUGUGAGUGAUGAGCGCUCUGUGAGCACCGCAGUUAUGUUUGGCUCUGGGAUUUCAAACGCUCGUACGUCACCGAGAGGCAAUCCCUCACCCAAAUGACUCAGAUCAAAGCUGAAGAAUUACCGCACCACAUUAAAGCACCACAAUGCCAACAGAGGUAAAACACUGAUAAUCCAUAUCACACAGUCGUAUUGAGUUCUAUUAACUUUAGUGAAUGUGCGUAAGUUGUGACAUUUAAACACACGGAUUCAUGAGACCCUGAGCAUCUCAACUUCAGUCUGACGAUUUGGAGACAUUUGCAUUAAAAGGUUGUAACUGUUUUCUUCUAUAGGGGUGCCUUGUUCUAAAACAGGGUGUAAUUCUCAUCUUCACCUUAAGGAUGUGUUACUGACGGCAUCCCUCAGAUCCUGAGAAGCUGUGGGAAAAGAGGACCGCGAGACUGUCCUGUGGUCCUGCUGCAUCCAAUUUCUUGCGGAUUCAGUUAUCAGCGUGCGUCUCUCUCGGUUGUGCUCGAGAGCGCGAUGCGCGGAAGAGUCAUGGAUAAAUCAUAAACGUGCGAACCACUGGAUUUAUUUGAUGCGUAUGGUUGUGGGCUUGAAGUUAUAGGCAUUCGGAAUAAUUCUUCAUAUUUUCAACCGGGCUGCUGAGAGGAGGACUGUUGCAAUGUCAUCCCGUUCAACAUUCUUGGAGCUUUGUGGAAGAGGGAUGCUGGAAUGAAGUCGAGCACUAUGGGGUUUUCCAGGUUGGUUCUUCUGACUCUUCCAGCUCUCCUUACCCUCAUUAACAUCUCACAUGCGGCGGAAAAAGUUCCCAUACUGAACAUUGCCGUGAUCCUGGGUCAAACACGCUACAUCUCAGACAGAGAUAUACGGGCUCUGUGGAGCAAAGACGAUCCCAUCGACGUCAACGUGGUGACCCUGCUAGUGAACGAAACGGACCCCAAGAGCAUCAUUACCCAUGUGUGCGAUCUCAUGUCCGGGACUAAAAUCCACGGGCUGGUGUUUGGGGACGGCACAGACCAGGAAGCCAUCGCCCAGAUUUUGGAUUUUAUUUCCUCGCAGACGUUGAUACCCAUCCUUGGGAUCCACGGGGGCUCAUCCAUGAUCAUGGCGGAUAAGGACGUAAAAUCGACAUUCUUCCAGUUUGGGGCCUCCAUCCAACAGGAGGCGCUGCUCAUGCUUAACAUCAUGGAAGAGUACGACUGGCACGUCUUUUCAAUAGUGACCAGCAAGUUCCCCGGUUACCAGGAUUUCAUCACCAUUCUGAGGACCACGGUUGACAACAGCUUUGUCGGUUGGGACCUUCAGCACACCAUCACCCUGGACGCUGUGGAUGGCGACUCCAAGGCCCAGAUCCAACUGAAGAAGGUGCAGUCUCCAGUGAUCCUCUUGUAUUGCUCCAAAGACGAAGCAGCUUUCGUCUUGGAGGAGGCCCGCUCGCUGGGCCUGACCGGCUUUGGAUACAUCUGGAUCGUGCCCAGCAUGACCACAGGCAACCCGGACAUCACACCAGAUCCGUUCCCUUCUGGAAUGAUCUCGGUGUCAUACGAUGACUGGGACUAUCCUCUUGAGGCACGAGUUCGAGAUGGCCUUGGGAUUAUAACCACGGCGGCCGCAGCGAUGUUGGAAGAGUUUGGGGACAUUCCAGAGGCCAAAACCAGCUGCUAUGGCCAAAUUGAGAAGGCGAAGUUGCCACCCAGUGCACUACACAAGUACAUGAUGAACGUGACCUGGGAAGGCAAAGAUUUAUCCUUCACAGAGGACGGUUACCAGGUGUAUCCCAAACUGGUGGUGAUCGUGUUGAACAAGGACAGAGAAUGGGAAAAGAUGGGCAAAUGGGAGAACCAGAGUUUGACCUUGAAAUAUCCAGUGUGGCCACGCUUCAACUCUUUUGGUGACGCGGAGACAGAUGACAAUCACCUGACCAUUGUUACGCUGGAGGAGAAGCCCUUUGUCAUAGUGGAAAAUGUGGAGCGCCUUACGGGCACCUGCAUGAGAAACUCUGUGCCCUGUCGCAAACACAUCAAAGACAAUACCACAGAGGGAGGAGGGACGUACAUUAAAAAGUGUUGCAAGGGAUUCUGCAUCGACAUCCUCAAGAAGAUCGCACGCAACGUGAAGUUCACAUAUGACCUCUAUCUGGUGACCAAUGGGAAGCACGGGAAAAAAAUCAACAAUGUAUGGAACGGCAUGGUGGGAGAGGUGGUCAACAAAAAAGCCGUCAUGGCCGUGGGCUCACUGACAAUCAAUGAAGAACGCUCGGAGGUCAUUGAUUUCUCUGUGCCCUUUGUGGAAACGGGGAUCAGUGUGAUGGUAUCCCGUAGCAACGGAACAGUCUCUCCAUCUGCUUUUUUAGAGCCCUUCAGUGCAUCGGUGUGGGUGAUGAUGUUCGUGAUGUUGUUGCUGGUGACCGCAAUGGCUGUCUUCAUGUUUGAAUACAUCAGCCCCUUGGGCUUCAACAGGAACCUAGCUCAGGGCAAAGAUCCCCACGGUCCAUCUUUCACUAUGGGGAAAGCAGUGUGGCUGCUGUGGGGCCUGGUGUUCAACAACUCUGUACCUGUGCAAAACCCCAAAGGCACCACCAGUAAAUUCAUAGUGUCUGUGUGGGCUUUCUUUGCUGUCAUCUUUCUGGCCAGUUACACUGCUAAUCUGGCCGCCUUCAUGAUCCAGGAGGAAUUUGUGGACCAGGUGACAGGUCUAAGCGACAAAAAGUUUCAGAGCCCCUACUCCUAUUCUCCUCCCUUCCGCUUUGGAACGGUUCCAAAUGGCAGCACAGAGAGGAACAUCAAGAAGAAUUAUCCAGACAUGCAUCAGUACAUGGUGAAGUACCAUCAGUCUGGAGUGAAUGACGCACUGGUCAGCUUGAAGACCGGCAAACUUGAUGCCUUCAUAUACGAUGCAGCUGUGCUGAAUUACAUGGCUGGUAGGGACGAGGGUUGUAAACUGGUGACCAUUGGCAGCGGCUACAUCUUUGCUACCACUGGCUAUGGCAUUGCCCUGCAGAAAGGAUCUCUCUGGAAGCGUCCGGUGGAUCUUGCCAUCCUUGCUAUUAUUGGAGAUGGUGAGAUGGAGGAGUUGGAGGCUCAGUGGCUGACUGGGAUCUGUCACAAUGAGAAGAACGAAGUAAUGAGCAGCCAGCUGGACGUGGACAACAUGGCCGGUGUGUUUUAUAUGCUGGCGACCGCGAUGGGCCUCAGUCUCAUCACCUUUAUCUGGGAGCACCUGUUCUACUGGAGACUCAGAUACUGCUUUACUGGAGUCUGCUCGGGCAAACCCGGCCUGCUCUUCAGCAUCAGCAGGGGUAUUUGGAGUUGCAUUCAUGGUGUCCAUAUCGACAUGAAGAAGAAAUCAUCUGACUUGGACUUCAGCCCACAAUCCAACAUGCUUAAGCUUAUCAAAUCUGCCAAGCAGAUGACUAACAUGACCAACCUUAGUGGCUCCAGGAUCAACUCUCCCAAACGGAGUGGGGAAUACAUGCACUCAGCAAGCCCCAUGAUCAUGGACAUGAUGGCAGAGAAAGGAAACUUCAUCUACACCGACAAUCGCAGCUAUGCCCAAAAGGACAUUUACGGAGACUCCGGUGACCUGCAAGCGUAUCUAGCCAACCGCCACAAGGACCAUCUGAACAACUACAUUUUUCAAGGUCAGCAUCCCCUCACCCUCAAUGAAUCAAACCCCAAUACGGUAGAGGUGGCGGUGAGUGCAGACGCGGCCCAGACCAACGCGAAACCAAGGGCUCUGUGGAAAAAAUCAGUGGAUACUUUACGUCAAACUCAGGGGCCUGAAACUCUGGACCCCCGUUUGUCUAUGAAGAGCCAGAGGUACUUGCCAGAAGACACAGCGCACUCCGAUAUCUCCGACUGCUCCAGCAGGGCCGCCUCUUACAAGGAUCCAGAUAAUAACAAGCACCUGAAGCCAAAAGAUAGCUUAAAAAAAAGAUCGAUGACGUCAAAAUACCCUAGGGAUUGCAGCGAGGUAGAGCUGUCCUACUUAAAAAAUAAGCAGGGCGGAGCGGGACAGGGGAAAAUCUACACCAUAGACUCUGAACGGGAGCUGAGUCUGCACUCGGAUCCUCAGCACUACAGGGAAGGCAGAGGCCUGACUACCGACGAUUUGGAUUUUGCCGAAAUUUACUCCGACCAAAACGACAAUUACAGGAAAUGCGACCAGCCCAUCAUCCAUCUCAACAGCAGCCCCCUACAUCAAACUGACUCCGACCUCCUGCCAGACAACGUCUUCAACAAACACUACAGCCUGAAGGAGAAGAACGUCAGUCCGAACGAAAGCAACGACCGCUUCAAACAGACUCAUUGUCGGAGCUGUCUCUCCAAGGUGCCCAAUUACAGUACAGGGCCGUACGCCCCCUUACGCUCCCCGUAUAACCGGUGUGAGGCGUGCCUCCACAUGGGCAACCUGUAUGACAUCAGCGAGGACCAGAUGUUGCAGGAAGCCAUGAUAAGCCCCAGCAUGCACCAUGAUGACAUGUUCAGCCAUUACUGGCCUCAGACAGACGGGCCACACGUACAGCGGAGGAACAGGCUAAGGCUGAGCCGUCAGCAUUCCUUUGACAAUAUCAUGCUUGAGAAGCCCAAAGAGAUUGACCUGAACCGGCCGGCACGUAGCGUCAGCCUAAAGGAGAAGGACCGCUUCCUGGAGGACAGCCCUUAUGCAAACAUGUUUAACAUCAAGGCCGACAAACUUUUCGGCAGCAGGUCCACCCUCUUUAACCGUAACCUAGAGGAAAGCAAGCGUAGUAAGUCCCUUUACCCCGACCACCCCACAGACAACCCCUUCAUGCAAUCCAUACGGGAUGACACUCGCCUGGUCCACGGCAGGAGCUCCACAGACAUUUACAAACAAUUGGCUCCCAUUAAAGCUCGAAACGAGAACAAUCUGAGGUCCUCCGUAAAGUCCACCACUUCGUACUGUUCCAGGGAUGGUCGAAUACCCAAUGACAUGUACAUUUCAGAGCAUGCAAUGCCUUACGUAGCCAACAAGACUAGUGCAUACUCAGCUCCCCGGGUUCUUAACUCUUCGCAGUUUAGCAAUAGACGAGUAUAUAAGAAAAUACCUAGUCUCGAGUCAGACGUUUAACGCUUUUUUGUGUAGCUGAAAUAUUUACUCACUUAGAAUGCCACAGUCACCUACAUCUUAAAUGGUACCCGAGUACUCUUUCUGCAGAUAUCGCUCUUCUAAUACGAGUGAGUCAGACUGGAUAGCGCUUUCCAAAGGUUUCAGCAUUUUCAGAUGCCUUCUUGGCAAGUGUCUCUGCGACUAAUUGCCAAAAGACAAUUCGUCAAGUCUAAGCCAAUAAAAUUUGGUUCAGCAUGGAAAUCGAUGAUUAUCCCCCACACUUGGCCCAGUGCUAGUGUGUACACCAAUGCUGAGUGCAAAGCUUUGAAGUCUGACCCAUCACUGUGGUGGGCUGAAGCAGAAUAUAGCGUGGGGUUUCAGGUUUUUGGCCCCUCACAGCAUGUAAUGUGGGCAUACUUACUUGUAUCACAUUGAUUGUGGCUGAACUAGUUCCUGAACUUAGGGCAAGCAAGGGUAUUUCAUUCAUGGCACUCAGCAAUUGCAUUUUUGCUUUUAUUAAUAUAGACUUGGGAUUUUUGGCAUUCUAAUCCCUCUUAUAGAAUUUAUCUUAUUUGGUAGCACAAUACUCAUUAGUUACUAGCCCAUAAACAGAACUUCUAUAUUACUGUCAGGAUUAGAUUCUUUUUUUCGUUUUUGCAUGUGUGUUUAUUUCUUGUCUCUUCUCUCUUAUUUUGGUCGAAUAUAUAAUUGUACUAAGGUGAUUUUGGUUGACAGCUGAGGUGGUCAUCUGUGCAAUGAAAACUUGACCUGUAUUUAUGUGGUUUGACCCUGGGUUGUGCCGAAGACCUGAGAUAACACACACGCAGGCAGCCCUUGGGAAUUUUGUGUUGAUCCCCUAUUUCAAGAUUUAUGUUCUGUUGGAGAAAAUGAGAUACUUUCGUGAUGGAAACUAGUCUCACGUUUGUUUUCUUCAAUACUUCCAUCCAUAUCACUGUACACUGUGAAACCGAAUCAAAUCACCUCCUGAAGACAGUUGUUUACAUCGUUGUUUGGCAAAGGAUUGCUUUGUGUGAAAAACAGUGCCACAUGUAAAACCUUGGGUUAGCUUGAAGUCUGAACUAGAACAUUGGUUUUCUAUUGCGGUCCGUAACAUGCUACACACAUGUAUUUGGAUUGAGGACUAUAGCGAGACCUUUGUUCUGCAGACCUAUUACUACACUUAAUACUGUAUUACAUUCAUGCAAUGUUAAUCAGAACACAUAGCCAAAUUGUGUAUUCGAUCAAAUACCUCAGGAUGGUUCUUUUCGUCUUACAUUUUCACCGCAGUACUACAUUUAGCCAUCUUGGAAACGAGAGUUUGAUGCAAAACAGGGUUUUUCUGUUUGGAAAAAAUCUGAAGGUGUUGUAUAGUUAAAGCAAUUGAUACCGUCAAAUCAAAUGUAUACUGUACAUUGUGCUGAUAUUUCUUUGAACGUACUCAAUAAUCUGCACACCAUCAUAUCACAGUCAUAACAUAUUCAUAUGAAGUGCUGCUUAAAAAAGCUAAUGUGCAAUGCACAUGUAAAAUAUCAAGGUCUUGUAAUCAUUUAUGCCAUUCAUACUGUAGUUUUUACUCUUUGCAACUUGUUUUUCAGUUCCCUUUUCACCCCUGUAAUAACCCCAGUCUUUAAGGAAAAUGUAUUUUGAUUACAUGAAAAAUUAUAAUAAUGGCAUGCAACUCAAUUGUAACUCUUUCUAUGUUUUUGUUAUGAUGUUAUGAUCACAAAUUAUUUGUAACAGGGUGAAAAUAUAUCAUAUAUACAGAACGAAAAAGAUCAUUUGUAUUACAGUGCUGCUGUUUUGGGAAAUGAAGCAAGGUGUUUGCCUCGUGCCCAUCACAACGUUUCACAUAUGUAUCGCCGCUGAGCCACUUUUGCAUUUCUGUCAUAUCUGGAGAUCACCUUUGUGAGGUAAAGUGAGGAUCUUCGCUCUUCCUCAAUUGGCAGGUGAAUCCAUCACCAGCUACGCUUUGCCUCUUACCCGUCACAUGUAGCUAGACUUUUAGACGAAAAACAAUUAUUUUCGGGUCUGCUGUCUCUCCAAAGGUAUGACGUCCCCUUGAGUUUCUCUCUUAUCUAUGGUUUGCUGUAAGAAUAGAGCUUUUUAUUUCCUCAAAGACUUAGUAAGUAACUAUUUUGAAUAUAAGACACUUGUAAAUUGCUUGUAAAUUCAUACUUAAAUAAGUCAUUAUGAAAGUUAUGAUUAUACAGAGUAAACAAUAUUUUUCGCGUGGGUUUCACAGAUCUGUACAGUAGCACUCGUUUUCUGUAGCGUACACGACAAAAGCCACAUUUACUCGCACGGUCUGCAUUGAAAUGUCACCCGAAGAGAUUUCAAAGACUCCAUGCAGUUUGUAAUCAGGGAUUGUAACCCUGCAGUUUUUGUAUUUGGGGGCUGGGGUGGGGAUUACAAGCAUUGCAGCAGAUUUUUCUAAAAUGUCCACUUUAAAGGGAUAGUUCACUCAAAAAUGACAUUUCUGUCAUCACUUACUCACCCUCAUGUUGUUCUUUAUUCUGUUGAACACAAAAGAAGAUAUUUUGAUAAAUGAUGGUCAGCGCUGUUGGCGGUACCCAUUGACUUUCAUAGUAUUUGUCUUUCCCAGUAUGAAAAUCAGUACCACCAACUGUGCUUACCAUCGUUUUCUUUUGUGUAUAAAGUAACUCAUACAGGUUUAGAACAUAGACUGUAAAAAAGAUAGAUGACGUGACGUCGCUUCCUUCCAUUGUAAUGAAUUUAAAGGCGGAGUGCACAAUGUUUGAAAGCCAAUGUUGAUAUUUGAAAUCACCUAAACAAACACGCCCCUACCCCAAUAGAAUCUGGACCUUCUUUUGAUAGACCCGCCCAACACAUACGCAUCCCCGGCAAGGAUGUCGGUUAGUAGACACGCCCCUUACUGCUCAUUGGCUACAAGUGUGUUUUGGUAGUCUGCCCGACUCCCUUUUCCAAAGCACUGCAAUGUUACGCAAAAACGUCAGUUUGGAGCCAGGGCAUGCGCAGAAGGAAUUGUCCGUGAAGUCCGGAGGUGGCCUAGGUAUCAAACGCGGCCAAUUUAACCACGCCCCUUGAACGUCUGAAAUGGGUUGCACACCGGAUGAGAAGCGCUGCGUUGCGUCUUGGACAACUAGGAGGUAUCGUACACCGGAAGUGUACAUUAAAUAGCGCAAGCUUAGUCGGAUAGCAUAUACUUCAAAAUUAAAAAUAUACGUUAGCAGCCAAUGUUAAUCGCUAAUUAUUUGGGACAAAUAUGAUGUUAUUUAAUGUUAAACGGUAUGAGUGGCGCUCUGUGGCGUGACAGGGAUUUGAGCAGCGUCCAGAGUCACAGCGGACAGGUGUGUGUACAUUCAUAGAAAAUAAUGUGUUCUAUUUUUAGAUUCGACGCAGCGCUUCUCGUCCGAUGUGCGAUCACCUUCAUUUAACUGACUUGCUAAAAUAAGGUAAGUUAAAUAAAACUCAUUUUGUCGGUGUGUGAAAUAACACAGAAAUUGAAAAUUAACAGUUAGUUAUAUCUUCAAUCUUCCCUCGAUGCUCCGAGAGUCCGCUUAGAGAAGCUGUCAAUCACAAAUGUCAAUCAUAAUGACACGCCCUGUUUCUAUAGCAUCAAAUUACUAGCUAAAAUGAAACUUAUCACAAAAAUCAACAAUUGAACAUAUAUCAGUGUGAUAACAACUACCUUAAAGGGACAGUAAGUAGAUUUUAAGUGUUUUAUUAAUCAAAAUCAAUGUCUUUAUUUAUAAAUAUGUUCUUGUUGGUGUCAAAUGACCUCUGCCAGUGAUCUGACUUUUCUUUGUAAGCUUAGAAUUUCUUCUCUUUACUUACAUUGAACGGGUAAGUCCAAGGAGGCUUUCAUGCCGUUCCGCCGUAUUGAUAAACUAUAAUAGCAGAGAGGGACAAAAAGCACUAGCCUACCAAUGUGUUUCCACAACGCGUUUUCAUUUAGAACACGUGAACCAGCUGAAAUGGACAAGGAGAUCAGUGAUUACAUAACGGCUACCAUAGUUGCAACACGCAUUUGGAAAAGCGAGGCGCUAGAGAGCACUGUUCGUUUGGAUGCAAAAUACAAAUUCACCACUAGAUGGGGGUAAAUCGUACUUAUUGUCCCUUUAAAUGACCAAAACCAUCUUUCGGAAAAUUAUUGGAAGUGUAAUUAUUUUUUUUUAUUUUGACCCGAGUCUCGUUCGUUUGCAUGAAGAGGGCGGGGUUUAUGACUUGUACUGCAGCCAGCAACCAGGGGGGCGAUCAUCCGCUUCACUUUUCAAGAUGUAUGAGGCACAACCGGUUCAGAACAACAUGAGGGCGAGUAAAUGAUGACAGAAAUUUCAUUGUUGGGUGAACUAUUCCUUUAAGGUAAGCUUGGAUCACGCAUGCCUAGGUAGAAGUGUGGAAAACUGGGAAGGCUCAAAGCGGCCAAUGGGAGACUGCAGAGUGCGAAUCCAUCCUGUCAGUGAACCAAAGCUUUGUGGCCACACAGAUGCCGCCGAACUUCUGGGAUUUUUACGUAACAUCUUCAAAACCAAAAUGUACUUUGUAUUCAUCGAUGGUCAUUGGAGGCGGUCAUACAGUUAGGAAUGCUGCAGGUCAGGUAUUGAUUGCGACUACAGAUGAACAGUCUGGGAUUAUUUUAUGUAGCAGUUUUUGCCUAGGCGAAGCCAUGUGUAGUUGAUAAAAAAUCUACUAUAUUAUAUUUUUGUUUUAUUUACCUCUCAUAGAAUAGUAAAGAAAUGUGAAUUUAAAUAAGCUCAAUUGCUGACUAUUUACAUAAGAUGAGCUAGACUAAGAAAUGUAGUUGAGUUACUAAAAGUCAGUGAAGAUUUAUAAGUCACAGAAACGACAUUAGUACUUUCUCAGUCACAUUAAAUGCCAGUUAAGGACAAAUCUGUUUUGUUUUGUCAAUCGCGUUUGUUUGCCCCCCAUUAUUUUCUUUUUUUGACAGUUGAUGUGUAUGUUUGUCUGUUUUGGAUCACUAAAGGAGCAGUAAAACGAUCGAGUUUUGUCUUUCAGAAAAACUCAUCCAUUUUUUGUUUUUCCUUUAAGGUGAAUAUAAUGGCAGUGUAGGACAAAGUAUAAAAAGAAGUUAUGAUACACAGAGGUGGGAAAGUGAGACUUAAUACAACAACAGAUCUCCUUCCAAGUCAAUUCUGCACCCACAUGGAGAGCAUUCGAAAAACCCAUUCUUUCUAAAUUUGAUAUUUUGAUAUAAAGUGCAGUGCGAUAAAAACAAUGUCAGUCAAGCUGUGUUACUGCAUCAUUGGUUUCAAUCCCAUAUAGUUUCAAGGAGAAAAUGCCUGAACUCAAAUUACACCUGCCACAUCUACAAACGACACGUUGAGAAGGGCCAGGUGGCCGAAGCCUUCAUGCAUGACUGUGUGUCAACUAUGUAGCUCACUCCCUUUUAUUCUCGGCUGCUUUGUAGCCCUCAGGAACAUUUGCAGGGGUAAAAACGGCAGCUUAUAAACAAUACGACAGAGUCAAACAAAUCCCUAGCUCGUUCAGUCAGAAUUGGUGUUUUUAUCAAGUAGCACUUUUAUCACGAUUACACCGUAGGCAUGAUGUGAGGAUUAUCUCGAAGAUUCAAAACCAAGCUUCUAGUCCUCUCCCAUUUCCCAACACUCUGUAAUGGUGUUUAUUUGAAAGGUUGGAUGAAUCAAAAAGUACAGAUUUCUCUGAAAAAACAUGAAUCUUCAAUUCUUGCACUUCAUAAAUUCCCUAUUAAAAGAAUGAUUUUGAUCUUAGUGGACUCACAACAGAAAGUAACACUUUUUUUCCUGUUUAAUAAAAACCUGUUGUGAGCUUUGCAUUCAUCUUUUAUGUGGUUAAAAGUAGACAUUAUUUUAGUGUUUUAUACUGGGGUGGGUGGGAGAUGUCAUGUGACUAUAACCUAUUUAUCAACCAUGUGACCUGCUGCCUAAAUGUUCUUUUAUAUUGAAGCAUUAUCACUUGUGUGCGUACUAAAAUGUCUUAAGGACUUUUUUCAACUAAUCGCUUACAUGAAGCUGACACAAUAAAAUCAUUUCUGCUAUUGGCAAAUUGCAUGAGAAAGUACUAAUUCAUUGGGGCGGUUUAAACAUAUCUCCUGUUCUUUCUAAACUACAUUGGUUGCAGUCAUUUGCAACAAAGAACGUAUUGUGUUCUGAAUUUUCUUUCUGCUUUUUUAUGUAUAAUUAUGUAGAUCAUAAAGGAACGGGUCUGAUAUGUGACUUGUGAAAUGUCAAUACGAUGUGGUUGCAGGAAAUGUGCUACAAGAUGUAAAAACAUGUAUAUAAGUAAAAGUUUCAUUUUUCUAAUAAAGGCUCUUUCUGCCACUUUA